CCCUCCUACCAUGGGCCGCUGCACCCUCCUCCUCUGGCUGCUGUUCUUCCAGGCCAUUGUUCUACCUGUGGCAGGAUAUGAACAUGGAGCUUUGGGAGCUUUUGACUGGCCACAGAUACAACUCGUGAAUGGGUCAAGCAGAUGCUCUGGGCGAGUGGAAGUUUUCUACCGCGGCCAGUGGGGCAGAGUUUGUGAUGACCACUGGGACAUGAAUGAAGCCGACGUGGUGUGCCGGCAGCUGCUCUGUGGGCCUGCCCUCGAAGCCCCCUCUGAGGCACUAUUCGGCGAAGGCAAAGGCGAGUUUCUGCUGGAUAAUGUGGACUGUACUGGGACAGAGAGUUUUCUGGGACACUGUCCUCAUCCCGGUUGGCAAGUGCAUAACUGUGGUGCUGGAGAAGACGCUGGUGUCAUCUGCGCAGAGAACACAGAAGACUCACUGGCAAUGCCCCAAGUUCUUCCUGUUGCCAUCUCGACCGGACAACCUCUUGUAGCUGCUGCAAGCUCAGCAUCAUCAGCUCCAUCAGCUUCAGCUAUCCUGGAUGUUCACCAC